AUGACUAUUGCUAGUAUUCCAGACUUACUGGAUGUCAGUGAGAUGGAUAAAGCUGUUCGAUCAAGACUUGAACUUGACUGGAACUUUAUGCCUGGAAUAAUAGGACACGUUUCAUUGGUAGAAUUCUUUCACAUAAUUAUUGAUCGUUUUCCAGUUAUUCAUGUAUGCUUAAUUUUGUCAUCUACUUUUAGAUCAAGUUCAAGACAAAAUCCACCUGUACCAGAUGGAACCAAUGGUUAUUUUUCAGUUGCUGCUGGGGAUUUUGUACAAGAAAAAGUUUCUGAAAAACGGCAAGUUAACAAUAUAGUUUAA